AUGUUAAAUUAAGAGUGUUGUGCUUCUAUUUAAUUAAAUAAUAAGCCAUAUCAAUAUGAACUUAUUUCAAAAGAUGGGAUUCAUUAAUAGCAAUUAUGCUAUGCCAUAGCUAUUAAUGAUAGUAAUACACUCUUAACUUGUUCAGCAUAUAAAAAUAUUAAAAUACUUUAAUUCAAAAAUGGAUAGAUGAAACAACUCUAAUAAAUAUAAAAACAUACAGAUUGGGUCACUACUCUUAAUUUUUUUAAAUAGAGACCAAACUUUGUUUCUGGUUCUUAAGAUGCAUCAAUAAUUAUUUGGUUCUCAAUUCUUAUGAUAAAUCCAAAGUAUAUGAUGAAGUUAAAAGGACAUUCUAGACUCAUAAGUUGCGUUGCAUUAAAUCAUAUCAAUGAAAACCUCUUUAUUAGUGGAUCAGGAGAUGGCAAAUUGUAAUUCUGGUCUUCCUAAGCACCUGCUACUUCUGAAUGGUCUUGUUUUCAAACAAUAAAAGAGCAUACAAAUACUAUUUAUGAGUGCUCAUUUAAUGAGGAUGGUAAUCAAUUAAUUACUUGUGGAUAAGAUUGCAAGAUAUUAAUAAUCGAAAAAUAACAUAAUUAGUAAUAAUGGGAUGUUAAAUAGGUUAUUUAAUUGAAUAGGAGAGGUUAUAGAUUGAAAUUUAUAAAUAAUUAGACCUUUGUAUUUUUACCCUACUCCUCUAAUGAUCUUCGAAUUUAUAAACUUAGUAUGACAGCACCUACAAAGGAAGCGUAUAUAAAUACAUAAAAUAUUCCAAUUCAUGGAGGUGAACAAUCUUGUAUGUGUUACUAUCCAUCUCAAUACAAUAAAUAGAAAAAUAUUUUGAUAAUAAAAAAUGGAUGCAAUGUAAAUUGUUUAAGAUUCUUACAAUCCCCUUAUUCCAUUUAGUUUUUAGAUUGUGAAUAUGAAUAUCAAAUUGUUUGUGAUUAGAAGAGUGAAGGAAAUAUUUUUGGUACAUUAAGUAAUGAUGGAGAAUUUUUAAUAUAUUGGGAUGCAAAUUCAAAGGAAAUUAAGGUAAGAAAAUAUACAGAAAACUUUUGA